AUGACCGAUGUGUUCCCUAUGAUGAAAGACUGUGUAAAGUGCCCACAGGGGACGGUUGGACCUCGAGGGCCAGAGGGACCUGCCGGUCCUUCAGGAUCUGUUGGGUUGCCUGGUAGAGAUGGAAAAUUUGGUGCGCCUGGUGCCGCUGGACCGUCAGGGCCACCUGGAGAUGUCGGAGAACGUGGAUCACCAGGUGCACCUGGGGCAGAUGGUCAAGAAGGUGCUCCUGGAUUUAUGAAUUUGUCUGGACCGCGUGGACCGGCUGGUUCACCUGGAGCGUCGGGUGCUGCUGGGCUUCCAGGAGCUCCUGGAAUCGAUGCGGGGCCUGGAGUCGCUGGACCUGCAGGAGAAAUUGGUCCGACUGGAAAGCCCGGAGCUGAUGGGUCACCUGGCGUUUCGGGUGCUCUAGGAAAGGAUGGUUCUCCAGGAUCAGAUGCUACUUACUGUCGUUGUCCUUCUGACAUAAGCGCUGCAGAAGGAACUGCGACAUUUGUAAGCGUGACUCCGGUUGGUGGAGGAGCUCAACUCGGAUAUGCCACGAUCAAGACAAUGAGCAAAUAA